AUGGCUGAGGCACCAAAUGUACCAUUGCUUGGUUACUCGGUUAAAAGACUAGUCCUGCUUCCACCAAGUCCCAGCUUGAUAACUGUACUGAUUUCAUGGACUCUUAUGUACUCGAAACUGACUUAUCCUGUGGUCAAGUUAUCCAUGCAUUCCUAGAUCACAUUCAUAAAGAGAGAUACAGUAUGCUCAUAGGACAAAAACGUCGUCGCGCUUUGACAAGAGCUGCCGGUGUGUUUGUGGAGCGUUAAUACAUGUUAUGGUAUCAUUUAGUGACACGCUUCGGUCUCGAUUAAGGACUAGGCAUCCUUAUAAACCAAACGGUUGAGCUCAGUUGCAAAACGCCACUUAACGGCACGGUCCUUACUCGUCUUAAUUUUUUCUGAAACAGAUGGGAAAAGUACAACUAGAAUCAAGUUAUGCCUAGAAAUUAAAAACUAUCUAAGGCUCUUAUAUUACUAAAUUUUCAAGAGUUUCGAGGGCUAUGCCUCAUCAGCAGUGGAUGUAGUUUAGCGUAGAUUAUCUAUUCCACUUACAAGACGAGUCACUCGUUAUUUAACCCUAUCUUUCAGACACAUUAGAUGAUUAUUGUCUUCACCAUCUCUUAAAAUACUUACAAGCGCUACACAGCCACAUUUUUUAAUAUUUUGAGCGUAAUUUGUACCUCCAUUACUCUUCGGUUCCUAGAGAAGACUGCACAGUGGGCGAAGGUGACAAGAAAAGAUGACGACCGAUUAUCUGAACCGAUGUUUUCUAUCCCAAUUGGGGGUAACUACAUGGUGGCAUCGUCCAAUGAGGAAAUUUCUCAUGGGAACUUCAGAGGUCAUCGAGCCCCAUUCAGCCACGCACGAACUACACUAUUUUUCAAAGAUCUCAGAUUUCAGAACACAUUUGAUGAAAAUGCACAGUGCACUUCGCGAAAAUUCUGCCGAAGAUGUUUGAAUAGUCACACGAUCAAGGAAUCUAAAACUUAA